AUGACAGGAAGGGGUAGAGAGCUGGCAGACCUGAUGGAGAGAAGAAAGGUGGCAUGGUUGUGUGUGCAGGAGAUGAAGUGGAGUGGGAACAAGUCGAGGAACAUUGGUGCAGGGUGUAAGCUCAUCUACAGCGGAGCAAACGCCCAAGGGCGGAACGGUGUAGGCAUUGUACUGAACAUACUGGAUUGCGGAGUCAAAGGUGCCAAGAGAGGAAAACAGCGAGAAGUACCGAAAAUCAAAUGGUGGAAAUUGGAGGAGGAACAACUAAAAGAUCAGUUUAAAGAAAGAGUAAUGAAUGAGAUAACACCUAAGGAGAAUGCUAAUGAAUGGUGGAGAGAAAACAGUAACAUCAUCAGGCGCAUAGGGGAGGAGCUCCUUGGUAAAACAUCGGGUAGGGGCGCACCCCAAGAUAAAGAAUGGUGGUGGUGGAAUGAGGAAGUGCAGGAGAAAGUAAAGAAAAAGAAAGAGGCGAAGAAAAAGUGGGAUUCAUCAGGCAGCGAGGAGGAUGAGGAGGCAGCAAGAACGGCCAAGAAGGAAGCAAAGAAGGCAGUUGCACAGGCAAAAGUGAAUGCAGUAAAUGACAUCUACGAAGAAUUGGAAACACCGGUAGGAGUGAAAAAGAUCUAUAAGUUGGCGAAAAGGAGAAAUAAAGCAAAUAAAGACCUUGCACAAAUAAAACAGAUUAAAGAUGAGGAAGGAUGCGUACUAAGUGAUGAGACAGAAAUAAAGAAUAGAUGGAGGGUAUAUUUCGAAAAGCUUUUGAACGAGGAGAAUGAAAGAAGGGUUUUCGGAGAGGGGGCAGCGAACGAGAUGGAUGCACCUGAAAUUAGUAAGGAGGAGGUAAAGAGAGCCUUGAGGAGGAUAAAUAGGGGUAAGGCCACAGGACCAGUUGAAAUGCCAGCAGAAGUGUGGAAAUGUUUGGGAGAUGACGGAGUCGAGGUGCUGUGGGAUCUGUUGAGGAAGGUUUACGAGCAGGAGAAGAUACCAGAUGAGUGGAGAGAUAGCGUGAUCAUACCAAUAUACAAAGAAAAGGGUGACAUCCAAGACUGCGGGAACUAUCGGGAGAGGAUUCGAGGAACAACUAAAGUGGUGGAAAUAUUGAAGAAAGUUCAGGAGAGAAGAUUGCAGUGGAUUCGCUUUCGUCAUUUUCCUGGAGAACAGAUGAUGAAAGACCGUCUUUCCCACAGGGAACACACAGGAGGUGAUGCAGUACAUACCUGGGCAGCUAUCCAUCACGGUGAAAAAACUGCUCUUUAUAUUCUCCAAGGAAACGUCAAUGACGCCUCCUACAGGCAUCAUGUGGAGACGAUAUUUCUGCAAUAUGCUAGUGCAAGAUUUGGCAAUAACUGUGUGUUCCAGAAUGGCAAAGCAACUGCCCAUAGUGCGCGUAUUGUACAGGAUUAUCUCGACCAGGAGAACGUUACAAGAUUACUAUGGCCAGUAAAGUCUCCAGACUGUAAUCCCGUUGAGAACUGUUGGACAGAACUGAGCCCGAACAUUGCUAACCACGACACUAAACCAGCUACUGUUUGA